ACAAUGCUGCGAAUAACAUCCACCGUCAGCAGGAAAUACGGAAUUGUGAACUUUUUAAGAAAUAAGAAAAGUAUAAAGACAAGAAUGACAUCGUUGCAGCAAAUCGUAGAAAACAAUGAAUGCGCCUUAGCGUUGGCUGAUUCCCUCCAGGAAAUGAUGGCCGGGAUCCAAAGUCAGCUCGUGCUGCGUAAGAAACAAGAACUCAUUGCGGAAAACGCCGCACUUGAAAAAGAAAUUGAAGAGGCACUGACACAGCUAGUGCAACUCGAAGUCAAGAAUGGCAAGAAACAGAUAUUGGUCCCAGGCGCCCGAACAUUCUCCACCGACGCCGCGCCGGAUGCUGGCUCCAAGACAGCAGCAGCGAAUGCCUCUUCCAAUAUGCCUGCAAGUGAGGCGAAAGCGCCAUCUGCUCCACCAAAGGAGAAAAAGGUCAAGGAAAAGAAACCAGCUGCCGAGAAGCCCAGUCCCGUCGCAGAGGCUCCCGUUGAUGUCGGCCGCUUGGAUUUGCGCGUUGGCAAGAUUGUUGAGGUGGGUCGUCACCCCGAUGCGGAUAGCCUGUAUUUAGAAAAGAUUGACUGUGGUGAAGCCGCCCCACGCACUGUCGUCUCAGGUCUGGUGAAGUUUGUGCCUCUGGAGGAGAUGCAGAACCGUAUGGUUGUGGUCAUGUGCAAUCUGAAACCAGCCAAAAUGCGGGGCGUGACCUCAGAGGCCAUGGUGAUGUGUGCUUCGACCCCGGACAAAGUGGAAGUGCUCAGCCCACCUGUUGGCGCAGUUCCCGGCGAUCUGGUUCACUGCGAGGGGUACACACGCCAGCCGGAUGCUCAGCUAAAUCCAAAGAAGAAGGUCUUCGAAACAUGUGCUCCUGAUCUAAUGACCAAUGCCGACCUGGUGGCAUGCUACAAGGGCUCAGCCCUGCAUGUUCCUGGCAAGGGCAAUGUUGUUUCUCAAUCACUGAAAAACGUAAAUGUCAAGUAAACCAAUAAACGAACGAAUUCGGAUAUUUCCGACACUCACGCCCGUACUCCACUUACUCAGCGUUUCAGGAAUUUGAUUGAAUUUUAAUUUACAGGAUUUUACAUCAACGUAACGACUUUAGAUUUAGUAUUAACAAUAA